UUAAAACGGACGUAAAAUGCAAAAACAAUUAUAUGGAUUUUCACGCGAGUCUUCGCCAAGCAUGCGGAGGGUAAGCAUGCCUGCCACAACAAUUGACAAUACACGCAAAUCUUUUUUUGGCGGCAACGGCAAUUCUCCGCUGCCGGGAGCAUUAAAAAAGACGGCACUAAGCAAUAGUCGCCUUAGUCUGUCAGCACGUUCUACUACCCAGUCCAUUCCUGGCAUUAGAUCAGAUUAUAAUGUAGUCGAGAUCUUUGGACAAGCGCUGCCCGUAGCCGUAAACGAAGCCUUGACAUUCCCCGGUCAGGCGGCUAACACAGUUUCUGCUAAGAUUGCACAGAAUGGCUGGGCCUGGGUUGUGCAAGGUCGCCGGCUGCUCAUUUGGCAGUACAAAGAGACGUCCCAAUCUGGUAAAACAGCAUCACCACCUCGCAUGUCAAGUAAGCAUCUAAGACGUGGGGGUGCAUCGGUUCAAUGUCGUGAGUUAACGCUGCCCUACAGCGAUAUUGGACACAAAAGCGAAUUAGUAAGCGUAUUCCAGACAGAAGGCCAACAAAUGGCAUCGUGCAUUGCUGUAUCGGCCACGGGCGACGUGCGUUACUGGGCCUCAAUAUCCCAUGACAGCAACACUGUAGAUUUGUCAAUAUUAACGGGUCAGGAAUUUGUGCAACUGCUCAAUCUGCCGGAACAAAAUGGUUACCUUGCUGUUACCUCCACCUGCACUUUGGUGUUCUUGCGCGUUGGCCUAACCAAUGGACGUUACACGCUGCAUCACAAAACCAUAAAGCCUGCCUCGGGACUCUUGGGUGGCUUUGGCAAGAAGUUUGCUUCAAUGUUGAUUGGCAUGAAUAGUGGCGGUGACAGGGAUCAGACCUUGAUAGGCAUGUGCUGCGAGCGUAAUACGAGUAAUGGUGAAACUACAGUUGCCGUGCUCUCGGAUCGUUCCAUACAACGCUGGCGUCUCACUAACAAAGGCAAUACGGAGCAGUUGAUUUAUGAGGACACAGAACUGAUGCGGAAAAUGCAAGAUCUGUUGUUGAUGAAAUUUUGGAAUGUGCGCAUGACUAACGCUAAUAUAGAAUUGGAAAUGCAUUUUCUAGACUUUCAUAUAGUCAAUAGACUCUUUUAUAUACUAGUGGGUGCAGUAAAUCCCGCCCAUACGCCUCAAAUGCAUUAUGCUAUCGUGGUGGCAUCCUCCCAGUUGGAGGGCAUGCAGCUAGAAUGCUUUACGCCGAUGAAACUCAACAAAUUCUACAGCAGCAAGACCAAACUCGAUUGUCUAAGUGUGCGCAUACUCAUUGGCAUUACACACAUGUAUCUUUACACACCGAAGGUUGUUUUUCCGCUUCUUGUUGCAAAUGCUGCCCCCACCGCCGAAAUGGAGGCGGAAAAAAUUGAAUUUCAUAUGCACGAUGAUCGCAUAUUGAGUGCAGGUUUUAGCAGAAACCUGCCGCUCUUUUUUAGUCGCACACACGGUCUGGUUUCGGUUACACCCGGCGACUUUGACAGCACCGAUUUGUUGAAUCUGAGCAACUGUAAUACGCCAGAUUUGCUUGGAGCGUUCUCAAUAAAUGCCAGCUUUAGUGCGCCCGAUCCGAGCAACAUGAGCGUUAGCAGUAAUAAUUUGCCGCUGUUUGAGCUAGACCCAGAUGAUGUGUAUGCCGAGUUGAAUAAUGAGGUUGGUCAGCUUAAGGCGGCUUUCUUGUGCCGCAUGAAGCGCAAUAAUGGCAAUGCAAAUUCACUCAUUGGCGAACUGCUUAUUAAUCUGGCAGAAGCUGAUCCAACUGGCGCUCCCACCGAUGCUUACAAACUGGACAGAAUCGUUAUAACCAUAGCUGAGGACUUGGCUGAGGAUCUGCCCAUUGCCGAUCCCCGGUGGCAAUCAGCCAUUGAGAACUAUGAUGGCAAUCGCUUUGCCUUAGGCAGCUCACGCUCCAUGCAAAUUAUCAAUCAGCUGCGCGAUAAAAGUAUUGUUCUGCAGCAUUUCAUUGAUUUUCUACAUUCCGGCAAUAUUUGGGAGAAGUUGAAUGCUGUGCCCUGUGGCAGCAACGUACUCAAGCCAACGAGCCAUAUUUUGGCUGAUAUUGGCGAAAAAAUUGUAGGCGCAAUCGCACUACGCGGCUUGCAGGCCAAAAUGCCAAGAUUGAUUGAUGAAGCUAUCGAAUUGAGCGUUUCAAAGUGGGAUGAACAGCCGCAUGGCAGUCUGACUGCACUGGAUAUAUUCUACGUCAAACUCUGCAAGUUUCAGUGCGUCUUUGAGUCAUUAGCGGAUAUGGCUGAGGAUCGUGUGAUGAAUCAAAGUCGUUAUACAGCUUCUAUAUCGCAAGUUCUAGUCGAUAUUAACAUAAUUGUGCUCAAUACGCUCGGUGAAGUGCUUCAAUAUCGUGAACAAAAUGCAAACAAUUUUAAAGUGAACACCAAGGAGGGUGAAAAUAUGCGGUGGACAGAGGUAUCAGGACAGGCGGGCGUACAUGAUUCACUGUCGCGUCUUAUAGAAACAACUUUACGCUUUGGCGCACAAUGUGUAAAUGAAUCGGAACCUAAGCAUGUGCUCUAUCAGCAAGUUGUGGAGUUUAUGGAUAUAGUGCUGGAGGGACGCAAGAGCUAUCUGGACAGCGUGCGCGAUACGGAAAAGUUUCCCGUAUUGCAGCAACAGUUUGAGGCACAGCGACGUGAGCUUAUUUCUCUGCUGAUCAAGGAUAAGCAGUAUGAGAGCGCAGCCAAGUUGGCCGAGAAGUACCUGGACUUUCAGAGUCUGGUGUUGAUCUGCGAUGAAACCGAGGACAAGCAGCGGCUCGAUGAAUAUACGCGCAAGUUUGAGGAGCAUGAUUUCUCACAGUUUGCGAUCAAUUGGCAUUUGCGGCAGCAGCGGCAUGGCGAGGUGUUUGAACGGUUCAAGGGGAACCAGACAGCUUUGGCGCAAUUCAUGCGCGAUCAUCCGUCACUGGGUUGGAUACAGCUCAUGUUUAACGGCGAUUUUGAGCGUGCUGCUAAGGUGCUCUAUGAGUUGGCACAAUGCGAAACGGAAUUUGUGGCACGCAAGAAGUCCAUGUUUUCGCUGUCCAAGCUGGCCGCCUUGGCUGCUGACUCGGAGCUAAGCGCACAAAUUGAAAAGAUUAAUUUCGAGCUUCGAAUCAUUGAAUACCAAUCGCAUUUACGACACAAUGUAUUGCAAAGCUUUGGCUUCGAUGCAACUGAUCAGAAAGUACUCAAAGUGGAGGAGAUUAUCAAUUUGUAUAUUGCUGAGGAGAAUGACACUGCCACCGAACUAGAUUUUCGCAAGGCCUUGGAGCUGCUUGCGUAUGUGGAGCAGUCGUAUGACCUGCGUCACAAGAUCUGGUGUGCGGCUAUACGUCGCGACAACUGGACAGACUAUAAUACCAACAAUGCCACCGAUUAUAUACAAAAGCUAAUGUUCUUCAAGCUUAUUGAAAUCUCGAUGAUAAUGGGUCAGGAAUUGGACAGCAUUUUACCGCCCAUGGAUGAUUUUCUAGACAGCAUGGAGCUAGGAGAUUUGCCGCAGCAGCACGAAUUUCAGUAUUUGCUGAGGUUGGCCUACGAGUAUGUGGCCGAUUUGUUCAAGCCGUCGGAUGAUAUGGAGGAGUAGAUUAUGCUUAGCCCAAGCCAUUUAUUAAAAUUAACUUUUAGUUUUA